CCAAAUCCACCAAAUCCACCAAAAACAUCACCACAAUACCGUCAAUUGAGCCACAACAACAAAAACGCGAUUUUAUCGCUGCGCAAAAUGGCCUCGCGCGACGAUUCUCUCUCCGACGACAACCCUUUUUACCUCACACCCGACUUGCCGGCUCGCGAGCCCGCUCCGCCUGCAAGGCCCCGAGACGAUAUUUCCUGCCUCUGGGAUAAAUUACGGCCCUCAGAGGCACAUUCUUGCAAGACAGACACCAUAAAGCGGGACUGCUGCUUCAAGGCAGUUGCAACGGCUCUGGCUGCCAACAACAGACUACCGCAUUUGGAAGUGUAUUGACGGCGGCGACGGCGGCGAGGUGCAAUUACGGGCGGAUCAAUUGGUAAUUGACCUGGACUUGGGUGCGCUGGCUUCAUCCCAUUGAUUAGCCUCUUUUUUGGUGCGAAAAGUAGGGUUUUGUCGCUUGGCGCCAGGGCGCUUUGUACCCUACAGUCCGAGAGACUUUCUCAAUUUAAAAUACCAAAAUUACUGCCGAAAGACAGAGUGAGUAGGUUCAUCGAAGCGGUAAUCCAAAAAAAAAAAAAUUA